AUGGGGAAGGCCAGUGAACCCAGACGCGAGGAACGACGACGGGAGCGGUCGACCGAGAGAAGGCCCCCGUCACCAUCUGAAUCAUCCGAGUCGUCAGAGACGGAUAGCGAUGAGACUGAAUCCACGCAUACAAGCAGGUAUGGAGGUGGGGGACCUCCAGAUUCAUCAGAUAGUGGAUCUGAAACAGCCGACUCGUCCGACUCAAGCUGGACCAAAUUGUUGGCACGAUCGCGCGAUGAUAACCGUCGGAGGAAUAGACGGCUGGAGGAAUUAGUCGCAAAGCUCAAGAAGCAAAACAAGAAACUUGAGCAAAAGGUGGUCACGCAAGCGCAAUCAGGAUACAAGGCACAGUCACCCAAGACGUAUAAGGGCGAAGCGGACAUUGACAAGCUGGAUAUGUUCAUAUUCAGUUACGACCUAUACGUCAGUGAUACUAGAUUGAGCAACAGCAAGGCAGUGCUCACUGUCAGCCGAUUCCUGGACAACAAGGCCGCGUCUUGGUACAUGUUGAACGUUGCACCGGACCCCGGAAGCUACUCAAUGGAAUCGAUAUAUGUUGGACUAUAUGACUACUGCUUCCCACCAGAUUUCAAGGACGACAUGAGGAAGUUGUAUAAUGAAAAGAAGCAGGGAGAUUUGGGCGUGCAAGACUAUUUUGCCGAAUUGGCUCGCUUACAAAGACGCUUACGGGAAGUCACAGACCACCAACAUGUGCUGAGAGUUUGGGACGGUGCAGCCCAAUAUAUUAAAGUGGGAUGGGCACUCAAAGGCAUGAGACCGGAAGCGACUACAUGCGAAACAUUGCGAGAAACAGCGCUGGACAUAGAGCGCGCGCACAAGUACAAACGGUCAAUUGAGAAAUCGGGAAAUGACAAAUCGGGAUCAAGAAGGAACCAAUCGCGUAGUCCUUUGCGAAAGCAUGACCGUGCUUCUAAUUACAAGAACCCAGGGGACAAUCGAAGCGGCGGAAACUGCGGCGAUAACAAAGGGACUGGAUACAACAGUAACAGUAACGGUAACCGGCAGAACAAGCGCCCGAACAAAUACAUGCGCGGCGGACAGGCAAAAGGCCGCGACGGACAGGAGAACCAGCGAAGAAAGCUUACCAACAAGAAGAAAGCCGAAUUGAGGGCGGCUGGGCUCUGUUUUGAAUGCAAACAAUUGGGUCACCUGUCCAAGGAUUGCCCAAAGUUCCACAAGGCCAAACCGUUGCAUGUCAACGCAAACGCGGUUAAAGUACGCCCCGAGAGCAAGGUCAGGGUGUUGUUGGUCAUGCUCAAAGAGCUAGACAAACUCACCAGGCUGAAGGAAAAAAUCGAGAUCAACGCAGUGGGCGUCGGGCGGAAGAACAAAGAGCCGGGGCCGAAACAUGUCGAGCGAAACGCUAUCAAGGUUAAGGACCACACGAGGAAGGUCCCGAACACGCUGAUAGUUGAAGCCAAGCUUGAAGGCAAGUCUGUUCGCGUACUGCUAGACUCGGGAUGCCAAACUGACAUAGUAUCCACGACAAUCGUUGACCAACUCAGGUUACCGAAAGUGAAACUCACAAAACCACUGCAAGUACAGUUGGCAAUGGCAGGGUUGCGAGGGACGCUACAUUAUGGUGUAAAAGCUAGAAUAGAGUACCAAGGAAUUGAUGAGUAUUGA